AUGUUAUCACCAAAAGAGAAAAAAGACAAAGUUGUCAGAUCGACAGAUAUAGACGCAUUGAGUUGCAGGCUCAGUGCGAAUUCGAAAGGCUAUUUUGAUCCCCCUGAUCCUUUUAUAGAUGUACUCGUUCAAUCGUACAAGAAGUAUCUCAGAUUUACGUCAGGCUAUUCAAAUCUUUCCGCUGGUCGCGUCACCAGAACAUCAUUUAGUGAAAGCAAGCUACCUAUCAUAAACAACGGUACUUACUUGAGAACCCGACUGGUAGACCUCAUCAUCGAGAAGUUUAUCCAGAAGUUUAACGACGUACAAAUCGUUUCUCUCGGAGGAGGGUCCGAUACAAGAGCCUUCAGAUUAUUGGAAAAGUAUCCGGCCAAGCUUCGAUAUAUCGAAAUUGACUUCGAAGAUUCGUGCCGCAUAAAAAAACUAUCAAUAGUCAACGAUUCAAAUUUGAGCAGAAUCACUAAUUGUGCUUUGCCAAAGCUUGACCCUACCUCAAAAGAAGAAUUUCAAAGCAUCAACUCGAAUUAUGAUAGCGAACGGUACUGUUUGCUUGGCAUUGACCUUCGCCAGUUACCGCAUGCUGGCUCACCAGAAGCUGAACUGUUGUAUUCUAUUCUUGAUAAACUGAAGCCGACAUUGAUUCUCAGUGAGUGUGUGCUUUGUUAUCUCUCCGAGGAAGAAAAUGCCGCUGUAGUUCAAUUCUGGGUAAAAACAUUCAAGGAAUCUACAACCUACCUCUCGUUUUUGAUGUAUGAACCCAUGUCACUCAACGACUCGUUUGGGGAGACAAUGGCUACAAAUUUGGCCACAAGAGGUAUUAAUUUAAUGACGUUUCAAAAAUUCCCAACUUUAGCAUCCAAGGUAUCGUUCCUUGUUGACGAAUGCGGUCUAAAAAGAGCUUUUGCUACUGAUAUUGCAACGCUAGGCGGUUAUAAUGAAACCCAUCAGCAUGGCGAAUGGAUUGAUACCGUUGAUCGAAACCGUAUUCGACAACUUGAAUUGAUUGACGAAGUAGAAGAAUUUGUGCUUCUAUUUAAGCAUUAUUGUAUAUGCUUUGGAGAGUAUUCACAAUCUACUUCGUUAUCUUUGGUGGAAGAUAUUUCUCAAUAUCAAUGGGUGUGCAGCAAAAGUUUGUAA